GCGUUGACUUAGUUUAGAAGAGGAUGUGUUGUGGAGGUUCGGGAAACGUUUCGUGGAAGCCGAGUAGUGAAAGAUUUUCGAUUUGGGUUCUUGUGUGAUGAUGAGAGAGGAGACCGUCGCAUAAUUUAUUUUGUUUUAAUUUUUUUUAACUAAAACGCCGACUCGAGUUCGAAAGCUCUGAUCGACGCUCUAUUUCUGCUCCCUAAGAACCAAUUUGUAUACAGUGUAUAAAAAGGACAAUUUAUUAUUCAAUGUAGAUAGAUAAAGGAAGUAGAUUAAAUUAUUUUUCUCAUUAAAAAAAACCGAUGUUAACCAAAUUUCCUGAAAAGGUCAGAACCAAAGUUUUGUUUGAGGCCACGAAAUUUAGAGUCUAAACUGAGUCCCUUCGACGCAAAUGUAGUUCAGCCCAGAGAGCUCUCUCGAGGAUUCGUUGAAACAAGAGCGAUGGCCAUUGACUCUUUGGUGUUCAGUGAGAUGACUGUGAAUUGACAUGAGAUACAAUUAUGUUAGCGUUAAACCUGGAGGAUUUUGGUCGCACGUCAAGAAUUACAGUGCCCCCAGAAACACUUGUAAAAAUCCAGUUAGCAACCGAUGAAAGGUGAUUCGUGUAUUACGGUAGUAUUACACAAUCGGAAGAAUAAUUCAUCGCCAUUUCCCAAACAGCGACCACGAUUCUUCGCAGUGCAGAGGAGAAACCAGGCCGCCAUCAAUGGAGCGUGACGGGCAUGCUCUCACCGCCCUUGGAAUUUCUCGGGCGUGACAAAGUGAACCUCGUCGCCGCCAGAUAUGAAUGUUGAAUUGAGCUUAUGGCUUCUCAUAUGGGUCCUUUCGGUGUUAGUGGAGGUUGGAGGCGGGGACCAGGGUCCCACCAGAAUCGUUUCCACCAAGUAUGGCAAGGUCGAGGGCUUCGUGAGACACCACGCCGGAGGCCACGACCUCCCCCCCGUUGAAGUAUUCCUCGGGGUGCCCUACGCCCUGCCGCCGACCGGAGAUGGAAGGUUCACGCCCACGAGCAGCCCACUACCAUGGGAACACGUCCUUCGCUGCACGAAACUGCCCCCAGUCUGCCCUCAGUCCCUGGCAGAGCUCGACGAGACCGAUAUGGCGCCCGCUAGGGCUGCCCAAAUUGAUGCCAUAAGGCCUCUGCUCAGGCAUCAGAGCGAAGACUGUCUUUACCUCAACAUCUAUAGUCCACAUGACGGAGGCGGGCGGUAUCCUGUCAUGGUGUACAUCCACGGAGAAUCCUUCUCAUGGGGUUCCGGUAACCUAUACGACGGCAGUAUUCUUGCUGCAUAUGGACAGGUGACCGUUGUCACAGUCAACUACCGUCUUGGACCAUUAGGUUUUCUAAAUACGAGCCCGAGUGGGGGAAGCAGAGGGGUGGUGAGUAACCAGGGACUCAUGGACCAAGUAGCAGCGCUCACCUGGGUGAACGAGAACAUCGCAUCCUUCGGUGGAAACCCUGAGAGUGUGACCAUCUUCGGACACUCGUCAGGUGCCGCCUGCAUUCAUUACCUGAUCGUCUCACCUGUUGUUGUUUCUGGACUGUUCCACCGGGCUAUACUCAUGUCGGGCUCAGCGCUCAGCCCUUGGGCAGAAGUUCAGGACGCUCUCUCCGUCACCGCCCGCCUGGCCAAGGAGCUGAACUGCUCUUUGCCCAACGACCUCAGCAACAGGCACCCGGAGACGAUGGCUUGUUUGCGCAACGUCUCCGCGCAGCAGCUGGUCUCCGUCAGGCUGCCGGAGUAUAAGUUCACCUCCCUGUUCGCUCCCAGCGUGGAUGGCGUGGUGGUUCCUCCCGAUUUCAAGUCGAGGUUAAGUACGGUCCUCGACGGGAGGGAACUCGACGUGGUUUUCGGAGUGGCAGCGGGCGACGGCUACUUAGAAUUAAACCGCCAGCAGGUUCUUGAAGGCCUUGACGUGCCAGAGAGGAACAGGCUCUUGAGAACGUACGUGCGAAACAAUUACCACCACCACCUUCAGGAGAUCUACCUGGCCAUCACCAAAGAGUACACUGACUGGAGCAACCCGUCUCAACACCCCGUCCAGGUACGAGACUUGACCGUUGAGGCUCUAAGUGACGGUGGAUUCUUGGCGCCACUUGCUCAAUUUGGUGAGACGAUCAGCGAAAGGGCCGACACCUUUAUGUACGUCUUUGAUCACCACGAAAAGGACAGACAGAGAAUGGGAAGCUUCUUUGGGUCUGAAGUGCCCUUGAUAUUCGGAUCUCCCUUCAUGGACAAGGCAGGAAAUUGGUCGGAAAACUUUUCUCGGCAGGAUGCUCUAGUUUCAGAAACGCUUAUGAGAUACUGGAGUAACUUCGCAAAGACGGGGGACCCUAACUUGCCCGAGGAAGUGAAACCCAGUCUCAGCUUCAAGGACAAGAGUCGUAAAAGGAACAUGACGUGGGAACCCUACGAUUCUGUCUACGAGAAAUUCCUCGAAAUAAGUUUUCGACCUCGACAAAAGGACCAUUACAGGGCUCAUAAAGUGGCACUUUGGAACUGGCUCAUUCCGGAGCUGGAGGAGGCGGGAGCCAAGUACACCGAGGAGGACUCCGAAGCCUGGCAUUCCUCAGAGGACCCCGAACAUUUCAUAGGGCCUGUCAGGCCGCUGGAUCCCUUCAGAUUCCUACACACGACGAAAAUGUCUCCUACUUCCCCCCCUCCGGCCCUCCCCACUCCAAGUGACGAGUAUCUGCCACCUAACGUCAGCGCUGCUCAAGGAAGCGUCACAAGGCACGUGAAUGGUUCCACUGACAAUGGUCCCGUCGGUCAAUUUUUGGAUUACACAACCGCCCUGACCUUAACCGUUGCUAUUGGACUGUCCCUCUUGGUACUCAACGCCAUCCUGUUCGCUGCACUGAUCUACAGGAGGGAUCGCAAUUCCCUGGGACCAAAGAUGAAGUACGACAGCGCCUCAGCGCAGCCGCUUUGCACCGUGGACAGCGGCUUGAGGUCGACCUCGACUCACGAGGCAAUGUCAUCGCCGGCCAAGGAGGUCAAAUCGACGUGCAGCAUUGACCUGCAAUGCACCGAACUCCACACCUUCCCGACGCCACCGGACAUCGGAGAUCGCAACACUGAGGUGACUUUUCACACGAGUAAUUCCAUGCAUUCCAUUCUGACCCAGCCCACUAGUCAGUUCAUUCCUCCUCCGCCAUUGCUGGCGACCACUCCGCCUACUCCUCCCGUCGGUUCCCAGCUUCCAGAGGGGAAUGAGCCGGGGGCAUGCGGUGGCAGUCGAUGCUACUCUUCCGAAGGUGGAAAUGGGCAGUAUCCCGAUGUCAGCGCGGGCCAAUACCCGCCGGAUGUUGGCCAGUACCCCGACCCUUACCCAGAUAUAAGUCUUGACCAGUACAGGGCGCAGAACAAUGCCCCGUGCGUGGAGUCAAGCAUGCCCGUCUACCCUGCCUCCACCACAGCGUGUCCAUACCCAUCUCAGCACCCACAGUACUGUGGUCAGUACCCCGCUAGUGUAAGUCAGUAUUCGUCCUCCACCGAUCAGUACUCGAUGUCAGGAAGUCAGUUCUCGAGCCCUGGGGCUCCCUGCUCCGCCUCCAGCUGCCAGUAUUCGGGAUCCACGGCGCAGCUGCCGACGCAGGCUCCGUCGUACCCUGACGACGGGGGGCCGGAAGUCGUUCCCUCCAGGGCGAGCCGAAGCGCAACCCUGCAGAGGGGCUCCUCCAUCACCCGGAAACCUCAGCCGCCUCCGAGGGGCUCCACUCUUCCUUCCUACGCUACACUUCCUCGGCAGAGUUCCAAGGAAUCUCUGUCGCACAUCACCGCAUAAUACAGGAAUAGAUCGAGGGUCAUCGAUGACAACAAUUCCAAAGGCACUUUAGGAAGAGGGAUUAAAGGUCAUUACUAAUUUGAUAUUGGUGUAGCGAAGGUUGGACGAACGGCAAACUUCGUCGACGCUCAAGUAUGAAGAACUGCCGCUGUGGUACCCGCCAUCUUUUCCGAGGGCGGACAAUUUUCUUUCGUAAUAGACGUUUUGGCAGUAGGCAUAUUUAGGAAUAAAAUGACAUUCAGUCUUCGACGACUAGUCUUAGUAUAUAAAGUGAAGAACUAAUCAAGAAGGUUGUGACCGUAUUUGUGAAUAUAAGACAAUGGACAAUGAUUAGGGAAUGCAUUUAAAAUCGACUGUAGAAAUCAUAAACAUCCCAUUUCAUACGGUUGGUUGCACUGCCCAGUUGGUGUUACUGUUUUUUUGGAUGGAUAAUAGACUUCAUAUAGUGAACUCACCACACGAGACCAUCGCGAAUUCGUGAAGAAUUUUCCAUUAUUAGUAGUGUGUAUGUGUGCAUCUAAGUUUUGUUUACAGUGCAUUUCUUGAGUCAGCUGUACUUCGUGGGUAAAAUGGAAAACAAAUCUUUUUUUCAAGGAAUAUGUGUAUAACCUUGUGUGGAGAACGAUUCCUGUAUUGAUCAAUUUGAAUUUUCCUUGGUGGAAGGUGGGUUUUUAUCCUUGAUACUAAAACAGUGUUUUAUGUUCAUAUAUAUAUAUAUAUAUA